AUGAAAAACCUUUGUUUCAGAGCCAUUGCCAUGGUUCUGGGUCUUUAUUUUACUGGAACAAUGACAAACCCAGCAAGGAAAAGCAGUAUUUUUUUCAAUUCUGAGUGCCAGUGGAAUGGAUACCGUCUGACGAAUUGUUUCUUUACUGGAAAGCAGAAUAUGCCUGUGGACAUAUCACAGACAGCAGCCACAGUAGAUGCAAGUCCCAUUUUAUUUAAGGGUCUCUUCCAACCUCCCACAAACGAAGAAAAACAGAGCAUCAAACAUCUGGACCUCAGUAACAACCUCAUGUUGGAAAUAGCCUUAAGCUCCCUCGCACAUUUCCCUGGUUUGGAAACCCUAAACCUCAGCGACAAUGCCAUCCGCUCCAUCUCCCUGGAUCUACCCAGGCCUGGGUGCUCCUGGGGGAAACGCCACAGAAGCAGCGUGGGAAGUGGGAUCCCACAUCUAAAACUGCUAGUUCUUCGGAGAAAUAAACUCAGUGACAUUCCCAAGGGAUUGUGGAAACUGAAGUCAUUACAGAGUUUGGAUCUAUCGUUCAAUGGAAUAUUGAAAAUUGGUGUGUUUGAUUUUCAUAACUGCCUGCAGCUGGAGAACCUCUAUUUAAGGAGCAACAAGAUAUUCAGAAUUCAUCCGGAAGCCUUCAAGGACCUCAAAAAGUUACAGGUUGUGGACCUCAGCAGCAAUGCCCUGACCACCAUCCUGCCCAUGAUGACCAUCGCUCUAGAACUCCCCCACCUGGAGGCGGACUUGGCCCAUAACCAAUGGCAGUGUGAUGACAGUGUGACCGUCUUCCAAAAUGUCAUUUCUGAAUCCUGGAGGAGAAAGUGGGAUGUAAUUUGCAACAAGUCUAUAGGGCCCGAGGAGGCACACUGGUGGACACCCAGAAGCAGGAUUCCCAGGGAGGCCCAACUCCCUCACACGAAUCUGAGUCACGCGAGAAGCCUCAUCGGGAGCAAAGCUGAGAGGCCCCAGGAAGGCUUGCAUGUGGGUUCAGCCAUGCCGGAGCAGCAGGACCACGGCGGCUCCAAGGCCCAGCACCGACGGCCGCCGAGGCGGGUGAGGAGCACCCAGGAUCGGCAAGCUGCGGGCGGGACGGAAGCCGCGUCCCAGCACCUCGCCCUGGCCGUCUGCUUGGCCGUGUUCAUCACCUUCUUCGUGGCCUUCUGCCUGGGGGCGUGGACGAGGCCUUACAUCGACAGGCUGUGGCAACAGCGGUGCAGAAAGAAAAGCCCUGGGUCUGACCUCGCGUAUUCCAACGAGGGCUACUGCGAUGAGACGGACUCUGCCGGGGACAGCCAGCACCCCAGAGGGGACCUGCACCAAGCUCCCCGGGGCCUGAGCCUCUGGGAGCCCGGACACCCUUUCUCAGGGACGCGGGCCAGCCCGCAGGCUGCUGUCACUGCCGGCAGGACUCGGGGCCCGAGCAGAGAGGAGCCUGGAGGCCGGCAGGGCAGGGGGCAGCGCGGGGCCGAGCCCGGGGGAGGAAGGAGGAGGGACAACGUGCUCCCCAAUGGCCGUGCGGCCUGUUCCGCUCCCCGCGGCCGGCCGGGUGCUGAUGGUCACCCCCUCGCAGAACGGGGCCGCGCCUGCAGGAGUGGGGUCCGUGGAGAAGUGGAUUCUGAGACGGAGGCCCAGGAAGAUGCGCCCAGUGGGCACUCGAUGGGCAUCCCUGGGAUUGCCGGCAGCUUACCAACUGGCUCCGGCUCCAUCCAUCAGGACUCGAAUGCAUCAGGCCCCCCACUGUCAAGAGAGAUAACAGCCGCUCUCUCUAAAAUGCAAAUGUGCACAAAAGCACCGGGGACGGGAGGGCGGGAGGACACACAGGACGAGCUGGACACCGAUUCCGAAGAAGGCUCGUUAUUCACUCUAAGCUCAGGGGGUUCGGAGGGUGCGAGAAACGGGAGUGACGGAGAGGCGGAUGGGGAGGAGAGUUCUGGCACCAGUGAGCCUCCGGAGGACCGGGACCCAGAGGGGAGGAAGGACAACGUUGCAUCCUCCGAGAGUCUUGGGGACACCACCUCCCAGAAGGCUCAGGGGAAAUGUGAGAACCAGGAGGAGGAUCGCUUCGGACAACCUCUCAUUUCCCGUUCAGACUCCAGUGUGGACAAGAGUCAUCGGGAAAGUGCCUCUGACACCCACAAAUGUGAGAACCCGGAGACCUUGCCCAGGUCACCGGGUGAGCGUGCUGCCCGUGACACGACCCCGGGCACGUCCACGUCUGACUGCGUCCCGGCUCCUCAGUCUGAGGCAGCAGAGUGGCAUCGCUCGCUCAGAGACCUCGAGUUCUUUAGUGUGGAAACACCCCCGUGUUCUGCUGAAGCUCCCUCGGACCCUGGUAAGACGGCCCCUGGUGAGAGAGAUGCAGACAUUUGUGCAUAUGA